AUGCUUGCGAAUAAUGGAGUUUGCUGUAUUGAUGAGUUUGACAAAAUGGAUCAGAAGGAUCAGGCUUUCAUGAUUCAUGAGGCUAUGGAGCUGCAAACGAUCUCGAUCACAAAGGCCGAUGUGAAAGCGACGCUUAACGCUCGUGCCUCGAUCUUGCCGCUGCGAAUCCCGUCGCGUUUCGAUUUGUUCUUUGUGCUUGUCGAUGAGUGCAAUGAGGUCACCGAUUAUGCGAUCGCGCGGAGAAUUCUUGAUAAUCAUCGAGCGAUUAAUGAGUACGUGCCGCGCGCGACGCCUUACAAAAUUGACGAUAUCAAGAAGCUGCUGCCGAACUCGUUCGCGAAUAUUAAAAGGUUCGUGUCGGACAGCAAUAAUGCGGCAACUUCGUCAUGGAGAAUCACUGUUCGACAACUUGAAUCGUUUGUGCGACUCUUCGAGGCUCUUGCGAGACUUCAUUGCGGUCGCGAGGUGAAAGCUGAGCAUGUGAAUCAGGCAGCGAAACUGCUCAACAAGUCGAUUGUUAGAGUGGAGAAAGCGGAUGUUGAUCUUGAAGAUGAUGAUUUCGACAAAGAUAUUGUCGUUGUGGAAGCGAUCCAAGAGAAUGAGGAAGAACGAAUGGAGCAUGAUAGAGAGGAUGCAGAGAAUCUGAAGCCUAAGGCAAUUAUUACUGAGUUUGAUUACAUGAAAAUGUCGGAUGUGCUCAUUCUUCAUAUGAGAGCCGACGAAGACAAACUCGGCGAUGAUUAUUAUGGAGGUGUGAAGCAGAGCGAGAUGAUCGAUUGGUAUCUCAACACCAUUGAGGAGGACCUUGGUUCGGAAGAGGAUUACCUCGUGCACAAGACGGUCUGUGAGAGAGUCAUUCGCUGUCUGAUUCGUGACGAGCGUGUUCUUCUCGAAGUCGAGCAAGGCGAUGACCCGACACUUUGUGUGCAUCCAGACUAA